GCCUUCGCUUCCGGUUUGAGUUGGCAAGUCCGUUCUGUUUAUACAGAAAAUGGUGGUUUGUUUUUAACAAAAUUAUACGUGUUAUCAUUUAAAAAAAAAAAAGCCUCAUCCCAUGAUAGAGAUAAAACAACGGAGACAAUUCCGGAAACAAACAUGCAGAACAAAGGGGUCCCUUUUAAAACCAAACGGAGUUUCAUUUCAGCCAGAAGCUCCCGUGCACACUCUGAAGAGAACUGCAGAAGAGAGCAGGAGUCACGGCGCACCUUCCCGACUCGCACCGUUUUAUUCAGACAGAUCCAAGCGGGCAGCCGUGUCGGUCUGAAGCGGCAGAACGAAGCAAGAGCCCAGGAGCACCUUGCAGAGCGACCCCGUUUAAGGCUUUCGUGCGCAUGCGCGCUUCUUCAGGCGAGGCAAUGGGCGCAGCGAGCAGAGCGACAUAUUCUGGAUCUAUCGGAAUAAAACUGUUGGUCUGAAAGAUGCCGCGGACUCGAACUUUGUUCUGCUGCUUCGGUGCUCCUAGACUCCGACUGUGACCCAGAAUCAAAGUUUGUCUGGACGCAGACUUUGUCCUGCUGCUUCGGUCCACCACCCAUUCAAAGAUGCAGUUUUAAGAAGUGAUUCCUUUCAUCCCUUGCUUACUAGCUGUGCUGCAAAUGCUUCGGCACACCGCCACCCUCAGGCGGCAAAGGCCCAGAGACGCCCCGCCCCUUCCAUAUUUCCGGGGGGGCCCUGGCGGUUUUAUCUCUCGCGGAGCAAAAAGACACAAGGGAGACCGAAUCAAACCCGGAAGUAGGGGGCGGCAGUUAGUCUGUCCCCACCUCUAUGGCCUUCUGUCGUCACUUCCCGCGCGAUUUACAGCGGCACUCUCGCGGGAGUUGGCGCAGCUUGGAUUAUAUUACCCGGCAUGCCCUGCGUCCUUCCUUUUUCCUCCCGCGAGACAAGAUGCCCAAGGGAAAGAAGGCCAAGGGGAAGAAGGUGGCCCCGGCCCCUGCUGUAGUCAAGAAGCAGGAGGCCAAGAAGGUGGUUAACCCCCUCUUCGAGAAGAGGCCCAAGAACUUUGGCAUCGGGCAGGAUAUCCAGCCUAAACGGGAUCUGACCCGCUUUGUGAAAUGGCCUCGUUACAUCCGACUUCAGCGCCAGAGAGCCAUCCUUUACAAACGGCUAAAGGUACCCCCAGCAGUUAACCAGUUCACACAGGCAUUGGACCGCCAGACAGCUACUCAGCUUCUAAAGUUGGCCCACAAGUACAGGCCUGAGACCAAGCAAGAGAAGAAACAGCGGCUGCUUGCUCGGGCAGAGCAGAAAGCUGCAGGAAAGGGAGAUGUCCCUACCAAGAGGCCCCCAGUGCUGAGAGCAGGUGUGAAUACAGUCACUACCCUGGUGGAGAACAAGAAAGCCCAGCUGGUGGUGAUCGCACAUGAUGUUGACCCCAUUGAGCUGGUGGUGUUCCUGCCCGCCUUGUGUCGCAAAAUGGGAGUUCCAUACUGUAUCAUCAAGAGCAAGGCCAGGCUGGGCCGCCUCGUCCACCGGAAGACCUGCACCUGUGUUGCUUUCACACAAGUUAACCCGGAAGAUAAAGGAGCUCUGGCUAAACUGGUGGAAGCUGUGAAGACCAACUACAAUGAGAGAUAUGAGGAGAUCCGUCGUCAUUGGGGUGGCAACGUCUUGGGGCCGAAGUCAGUGGCUCGCAUUGCCAAGCUUGAGAAAGCCAAGGCUAAAGAACUAGCUACUAAGCUUGGGUAGAUGGAUCGGAUUUGCCUCAAGUUUUUCUGUACAUAAAAAUAAAAUAAUAAACAAAAA